AUGUUUGGAAUUAGGACUCCGCAAAGACCGACCAGGAGGGCCAGCACAAUCACUCCUCCCCAAGAACUUAGCAGUGGAAACACGAGUGUCCGCCGCAGCAUAGGAGAAAUUGAGGCAAAAACAGCGCCAAAAGUAAUAAGACCCAGGACUAGACUGGAAGAAGCUAGGAUAUGCCACAACAAGGCAAAAAGCAAUUUAGCCCUCUUCAAAAAUUUGAAGAGGGAAUUAAAGGACGAUACGGCCGUGCAAGUGGAGAGGUUGUACAGCCUGAUAAAGGAUGCGGAAGCGGAAAUCGAAAAGCUUAGAAAUGAUGGGAAGAUAGAAGGGAAAAUAGUGGAAAUUAAACAGGUAGAAAGGGAGAAUACGGAAAAGGGAAAAAUAGACGGGGAAAUUGAUAGGAAAUUAGAAAGCAUUUUGGAAGGGAUAAAGGACAACAACAAAAUUUUAAAGGAGAAUAGGGACAGAAUGGAAGGGAUACGGAAGAGUAUGGAAGAAAGGGAUGAAAGGGAUAAGGAAGAAAGGGUAAGCCACGCCUCCUACGCCGAGGUAGCUGCAGCCACCGGGAAAGGGAAAGGAGUAGUAGAGAGAGGUACGCUGCACUCGGUGGUGAUAGCAUCGACAGAUGAGGAGGAUACGGCGGAGGAGGUGUUGGAAAAGCUCAGGAAGACGGUGGAUGCGAAAGAGGGUUGGGUUCGUGUGGAGCGGGUGAGGAAAGCCAAGGAUAGGAAGGUGAUUGUGGGUUGUGUCAAGGAAGCAGAUAGGGCAAAAAUAAAGGAGAGGAUCAGCAAGGCAGGGAAGGGCCUCACCGUCGAGGACAUCAAAAACCGAGAUCCGCUUCUGAUUCUGAGGGACGUCAUCAAAGUGCACUCGGAUGGAGAGGUGCUGAUGGCGCUCCGGAAUCAGAACCGGGGGGUCUUUGAUGGCCUCAACGGAGAGGAGGGCCGCGUGAUGAUAAAAUAUAGGAAGAAGGCUAGAAACCCACACACCAACCAUAUCGUAUUGAGCGUCUCCCCCACUGUAUGGAGAAGGGCACUCGGGGAGGAGAAACUACACAUUGACCUCCAAAGGGUCCGCGUAGAGGAUCAAUCCCCCUUGGUGCAGUGCACCCGUUGUUUGGGGUACGGUCACAGUAAGCGGUACUGUAAAGAUACCGCGGACCUGUGCAGCUACUGCGGGGGCCUGCACCAUGCAGCGGAGUGUACCGACCGUAUAGUGGGGGCGACGCCCACGUGUAUAAACUGCCGUUUGGCAGAAGUAGAGGACCCGCACCACACGGCCUUCAACGAUGUAUGUCCGGGGAGGGUAGCGGGACGCAGAGGAGCCAGAGUAUUUCAGUCUCCCGGGACGGAUGGCGAGGGUGGCGUGAAGGCCGCCAUCAUAGUGUUUGAUGGAGGCCUUCAGGUCACCCAACACCCGGAACUCACCACAAACAACAUCGUGGUGGUGGGCGUCCGUACUGGGAACUGGAGUAUGGCGUUUGUGUCCUUCUACUUCGAACCAAACAAACCCAUAGAGCCUUACCUGGAGCAGCUAGGGAGGAUCAGGGAUAGGCUGGGGACCGACAGGCUGAUCAUUGGUGGAGAUUCUAACGCGAAGAGCAUCUGGUGGGGCGGCCUCCUCGAGGACCGAAGGGGCGAGCUGAUGCGCGGGCUUAUAUGCGAGUCAGGAAUGAACGUGCUUAAUGCAGGAUCCUCCCCAACUUUCGACACAUGGAGAGGAGGGAAACACUACAGUAGCUACGUCGACGUGACGGCGUGCACUGAGGAGGCACUUAACCUGGUGACUGGUUGGAGAGUAGAUGACUCUCUAACCAGCUCCGACCACAACGGUAUUACAUUUCACGUACACUUAACAAAGCCAAAAGGAACAGAGAUAACACGAACCACACGCAUUUACAACACAAAGAAAGCAAAUUGGAGCCAAUUUCAUGAGAAAUUGGCCCAAAUUAUGCAAGACACACACAUGACACCACAGGAACUCGAAACAGUUACACAACACUCACAACUCGAACACGCCAUUGAUCAAUACACGGAAGCAAUAACACAAGCAUGCACACAAGCGAUACCACACAAAAAACACAAAGACACACUUACCAUACCGUGGUGGACGGACGAUCUCACGAAGAUGAAGCGUGAGGUCGUCACCAGGAGGCGCCGAAUCAAAAACGCACAGCCGUCGCAGAGGGCUGCUGUAGUGGAUCUCUACCUGAAACAAAAUAAAAAAUAUCAUGAGGCCAUAAAAACAGCACAAGUCGAGAGUUGGAGGGGAUUCUGUGAAAAGCAGGAGCGAGAGGGAAUGUGGGAGGGCAUAUAUAGGGUAAUAGGUAGGACAGGGGCUAGGGAAGAGGACGUAAUGUUGGUUGAGGGAGACAAAGUCUUAGACGCGCAGGGGUCAGCCGAUCUACUUGCACGGAGGUUCUACCCUGGAGACAAUAAAGAGGCGGACACUGAAAUACAUAAAGAAAUAAGGCAGAAAGCAGAAAAGAUAAACUGCAGGGAGGAUAUUGCUGCUGACCCCCCUUCACGAUCGGACAUCUGUGCGAGAGCGAUUGGCGGUAACCCUGCAUACUUCCUAGCCCUGCUGAAUAAGUGCUUGGUGCUGCAGCUUUUUCCUAAAAGAUGGAAGGAGGCGACUGUCGUGAUCCUCAGGAAGCCAGGCAAGACCUCGUACACAGACCCCAAGUCGUACAGACCAAUAGGACUGUUACCGGUUUUGGGGAAGGUGUACGAGAAGAUGCUGGUCGCCCGUCUCAGAUUUCACCUGUUGCCAAGGAUUAGUACUCGCCAGUACGGAUUCAUGCCCCAGCGCAGUGCCGAGGACGCCCUCUAUAAUCUAAUGAGUCACAUCAGAAGCAAACUCCACGAGAAAAAGAUGAUAGUGCUAAUAUCCCUGGAUAUAGAGGGCGCCUUCGACAGCGCUUGGUGGCCGAUGAUAAGGGUCCGGCUGGCUGAGGAAAAAUGCCCGGUAAAUCUGAGACGAGUAAUCGAUAGCUACCUGAGGGACAGGGCAGUCGAAGUAAGGUAUGCUGGAGCACGGGCAACGCGUCAAACGGAGAUAGGAUGUGUGCAGGGUUCGAUAGGGGGACCACUAUUGUGGAAUGUCCUCCUAGACCCCCUAUUGAGACAGCUAGAACAUCAAGGCGUCUACUGCCAAGCGUUCGCGGACGAUGUCGCGCUGGUAUUUGAUGGGUGGACGGCCCUCGACAUUGAAAGUCGUGCAAAUGCCGCCCUCGAACAUGUUCGGAAGUGGGGUGUCGUUAGCAGGCUGCGAUUCGCACCGCACAAAACAUGUGCGAUGCUAAUCACACGCAAGCUGAAAUACGACACACCACGUCUGAGCAUGGGCGGGGUCGCCAUAGGCAUGACCGAAAGUGUCAAACUUCUGGGACUUACCAUCGACCACCGGUUGACCUUCAACGCCCAUAUGGCUGCUGUUUGUAAGAAGGCGAUAGCCAUCUACAAACAGCUGGCCAGGGCGGCAAAGGUGAACUGGGGUCUGCACCCAGAAGUUACGAGGACAAUAUACACAGCGGUGGUGGAGCCGAUAAUCAUGUAUGCGGCAAGCGCGUGGUCGGAAUCGGUGACGAAGAUAGAGUUCCGGAGGCAGCUGAGCGUGGUGCAGAGGGGCUUCGCCCAAAAAAUCUGCAGGGCUUACCGCACGGUUUCCCUGAACUCCGCACUGGUACUGUCAGGAAUUCUCCCUCUAGACCUACGUAUACGUGAGGCUGCCUCACUGUACGAGGCGAGGAGGGGGAGGGCCGAUGGGCUAGUGGGAGACAGGGAAGUCGAACGGAUGACGCCAGCGGCAGACAAGCCCCAUCCGGCCGAGCAGGGGAGGCUGGAGUUCCGGGACCUGGUAGACGAGGAACAAUAUAAAACAGCGCAACAAGACUGCGAGAUAAGAAUAUUUACCGAUGGGAGCAAGAUUGAGGGCCGGGUCGGUGCGGCUCUGUCGGUAUGGAACAGGGCGACCGAAACAAAGGCCCUCAAGCUUGCUCUCUCGGCACACUGCACCGUCUACCAGGCGGAACUCCUGGCUCUGAGCAGGGCGGUUGGGAUAGCAUCGGAACAUCCUGCCACCACGAUCGGCAUCCUCAGCGACUCCAGAGCCGCAUUGCAAACAGUUGCAAAUCCUAAAGCCUCCCACCCCUUAGCGGAAGAAUUUAGAACACAGCACACAAAGUGUAAGCAAAAAGGAAAAUCAAUAAACAUCUAUUGGAUAAAGGCACAUGCGGGGUGGGAAGGAAACGAGAGGGCGGACCAUCUCGCCAAGGAAGCGGCCCUGAAGUCGAAGAGGAGGUCAGACUACGACUGGUGUCCGGUCUCAUUCGCCAAACGUCUGAUCCGGGAUCGGACGAUUGCCGAAUGGGAUAGGCGGUACCAGUCUGGCGAGACUGCUUCCGUAACGAAACUCUUCUUCCCGAGCGCGGCCGAUGCGUACAGGGUCGUCGGCAAAAUCACCGCAGACAAAUACAUCACCCAGCUGUUCACGGGACACGGCGGAUUCCGGGCGUAUCUGCACCGUUUCCGGUGCCGCGAGAAUCCGUCGUGCCCUUGUGACCAGCACACACCCGAGACACUAUUACACAUUAUAUCACAAUGCCCUCGCUUUGGAAGGAAAAGAAUGGACUUAGAAAUAGAACUAGGAAUCGAAAUAAAAACAGAAAACUACAAGGAAAUUAUAAAGCAUAAAGAAAAUAUAGAGAAAAUUUUUAAAGUACGCUACAGAAGUGAUAACCAAGGUAAUAAAUAUAAACAGUGA